AACAGAGGAAGCAACUCCUUCACAGAUAAGCAGGCAGUGCAAUAGAGACACACAUGCUGUUUCAUAAGGAUACGCCUGAUUUCCAGAAAUAACCAUGUUUUUGUGGCUUAAACUCUUAGCAUUCGGUGUUGCAUUUCUGAGACAGGAUGCUUUCGUCAAAGGAGAUGAGUCAGCAGUGACUACACCUGAUGAUUACAAUUCAACAUCCUUGCACAGCACCAUCUCACCAGUCAACAUGCCAGCAAACACUGGGAUCAUCCCCACUUACACAAUAGAAGCUCCCCCUGUGACAACAGAUGAACCUUGUGACGAUGGUAUUGACUACAGCAUAGAAAGUGCAGAAGGCAAGAAUAAUGUGGCUAAAGUUACACUGAAAAAUCUCAGAAAAAACAGAGAAUAUGUAAUUUUAGAGGCUAAGAAGAACCUCAGUGUGGAAUCCGGCACCUAUACAAUAGAACUUCAGAGAUGCAUGAGAUACACAGUUAGUGUUAAAAACUGCCCUAACAUGUAUCUUUCUAUUCCACCUGACAUUGCCGAGAAUCCUCUCACAGUUGAGGAUCAAACCAACACGUCUGCAACAUUAUGUUGGGAAAAGCAAUUUGACUGCUUAGCUAACUUGACUGUUCGCUGCAAAGAUUUACCAGUCGUUACAGAAUUAAAUCAGUCUUGUAAAGAACUGAAUAAUUUAUCAGCCAACUCUCAGUACAACUGCACUGGUACCGUACAUUUUUUUGAAAAGAAGGUUGUCCAAGAGUUCAUCAUAACAACAGAUUAUGGUGCUCCAGAAGCACCAGAAAACCUUACAGUAAUUUCUGAGGCCAGACAUGUAUCUGUUACAUGGAAGAAACCUAGCGACAUUUCAAAGGGUCCUAUAGAUGGUUAUUUAGUGUCAUGCAAUGACAGAGAGGAAAAACUUGUCAACAAGACUAGCCAUAUUUGCCAUGAAUUGGAACCAUAUACCAAUGGUUCUGUGUCUGUGACACCAUAUACCCGAAGCGCAUUUAAUAGGGGACUAUAUAAAGGAAAACCAGGAAGAUGUAACUUUAGAACAAAAUCAGCAGAACCACAGCAAGUGAUCAAUGUUAAUGCAACACUGACAGCUGAUAAUGCUGUCCAAAUUAAAUGCAAAAGUCAACAAGUGUAUGGAGCGCAAAAAAUAUUUGAAUUGACUUGGGAAAAUGAUGGAACAAAUGACUCCAAACACGAGUGUGAUUUUAAAAAAGAAAAUCUCUCAUACUUAACAAACUAUACAUUUACGAUCUUGGUGUUUAAUGGAGAAUAUAGAGGGCAGCCAGUAAAGACGAGUAUAAAAACCAGAUAUAAUUCUAAAGCCCUGAUUAUAUUCUUGGUGUUCUUGAUCAUUGUGACAUCAAUUGCUUUACUACUAGUUCUGUACAAAAUCUAUGGUCUUCACAAAAAUAAGCUUAGCAAUUCUUCUGAAGGCGUGAACCUUGUUACAGUUAAAGAUGAUGAUAGGCAACUUCUGAACAUAGAGCCAAUACCUUCAGAGCAACUGCUGGAUACAUACAAGAGGAAGAUUGCUGAUGAAGGAAGACUUUUCUUAGAUGAAUUUCAGAGUAUUCCUAGAGUUUUCACUAAAUUUUCAAUAAAGGAGGCCAAGAAAAGCCAUAAUCAGAACAAAAACCGUUAUAUUGACAUCCUUCCAUAUGAUCAUAACCGUGUUGAGCUCUUGGAAAUCCCAGGAGAUCCAGGAUCAGACUAUAUCAAUGCAAGUUAUAUUGAUGGCUUUAAAGAACCAAGAAAAUACAUUGCUGCACAAGGCCCUAAGGAUGAAACCACAGAUGAUUUCUGGAGAAUGAUCUGGGAACAGAAGGCAACAAUUAUUGUCAUGGUGACUCGGUGUGAGGAAGGAAAGAGGAACAAAUGUGCCCAGUACUGGCCGUCAAUGGAGGGUGGCUCUGCAACAUAUGGGGACAUCAUUGUGAAGAUCAAUGAAAGUAAAACGUGUCCAGACUAUGUAAUUCAGAAACUACACAUCACAAAUGGCAGAGAAAGGACAGCUGGAAGAGAUGUCACUCAUAUUCAGUUCACAAGCUGGCCAGAUCAUGGAGUCCCUGAGGAUCCACAUCUCCUUCUCAAACUUCGACGCAGAGUUAAUGCUCUCAGCAACUUUUUUAGUGGCCCAAUAGUGGUUCAUUGCAGUGCUGGUGUUGGGCGCACUGGGACAUAUAUAGGAAUUGAUGCCAUGCUGGAAGGGCUGGAUGCAGAAGGCAGAGUGGAUGUUUAUGGCUAUGUUGUGAAGCUGCGUCGGCAAAGAUGCCUUAUGGUUCAAGUAGAGUCACAGUAUAUCCUUAUCCAUCAAGCACUAGUGGAAUACAAUCAGUAUGGAGAAACAGAAGUCAGUCUAUCAGAACUGCAUUCCUAUCUUAACAAUCUGAAAAGAAAAGAUCCUCUGAGUGAUCCUUCUCUGCUAGAGGCAGAGUUUCAGAGACUACCUUCCUAUAAGGGGUGGCGAACACAGAACACUGGAAAUCGUGAGGAAAAUAAAAGUAAAAAUAGGAAUGCCAACAUAAUUCCAUAUGACUUUAACCGAGUACCAAUCAAGCAGGAAGAUGAAUGCAGUAAGGAGGGUGAACAUGAUUCAGAUGAUUCCUCAGAUGAGGACAGUGACUGUGAGGACUCAAGCAAAUAUAUCAAUGCUUCCUUUAUAACUGGUUACUGGGGUCCAAAAUCCAUGAUUGCAACACAGGGACCACUGCAGGAAACUAUCUCUGACUUCUGGCAAAUGGUCUUCCAAAGAAAAGUCAAAGUCAUUGUUAUGCUGACAGAGCUGAAAGAAGGGGAUCAGGAACUCUGUGCACAGUACUGGGGAGAAGGAAAGCAAUUGUAUGAUGGCAUAGAGGUUCAAAUGACAGAUGUCAGCUGUUGUCCUAGCUAUACCAUACGUGCAUUUGAUGUUACACAUCUGAAGAUGAAAGAAACACAGAAGGUGUAUCAGUAUCAGUAUCACAAGUGGAGUGGCUUUGAUGUUCCAGAAAACCCCAAAGAUUUAGUCAGCAUGAUUCUUAACCUUAAACAAAAAGUUACAGUCAGACCAGUCACUGAGGACAAGAAGAAUAUCCGCAGUGUCCCGCUUGUCAUCCACUGCCGUGAUGGAUCACAGCAGACUGGUGUAUUUUGUGCUUUAAUGAAUCUCUUGGAAAGUGCAGAAACAGAAGAAGUAAUAGAUGUUUUCCAAGUAGUAAAAGCUCUUCGUCGCACCAGGCUGGGGGUGGUCGCCACCUUUGAACAUUACCAAUUUCUUUAUGACACCAUUGCCAGCUCCUACCCUGCACAGAAUGGACAAAUAAAGAAGAACAGCCAACAGGAAGAUAAAGUUGAAUUUUGCAAUGAAUUAGAGAAAACAGAUCAGGAAACCCCACCAACGCCAGAGGAAAAUCAGGCUUCUGAAGUAUGUGAUGAAUUUAAGGCUGCAGAUAGCACAAAGGGAGCAGAAAACUCUGCAAAUGGCCCCUCAGCUCCAGCUGUAAUUUAGAAACUAUGUGAAAAAAAAACAACAAAAAACAAAAAGCUUUUUA